GGCCAGGCGCCUCGGCAGCGCCAAGCCGGUUCCGCCGCGAGCGGGAUGGAGGCCAUGGCGCCUGCGCCGGCCCUUGGCAACGCGUCGGAGGCGCUGGAGCGGGCCUUGGCGACGCGGGAAGGGCAGCCCGCCGCUUCUGCCGGGACCAUGAAGCUGACCCGGAAGGUGGUUCUCUCCCGGGCGAAGGCCACCAGCCUCAGCGGCGUCCGGAAGCUCAAUUGCUGGGGCAGCCGCAUUGCAGAUAUUUCAGUCUGCCGUGAGCUUCCCAACGUUGAGGUGAUGACACUGAGCGCAAAUAACAUCUCUGAUCUGGAGCCCAUGAACCAGUGCCUGAACUUAACUGAACUUUAUCUCAGGAAGAACAAUAUUGCCAGCCUCCACGAACUGUUUCACUUGAAAAAACUGCCCCAUCUAAGGAUCCUCUGGCUCUCUGAGAACCCCUGUUGCGGCUCUGAUCCUUUUCACUAUCGGAUGACAGUUCUGCGCAAUCUCCCCCAUCUCCAGAAGCUCGAUAACCAAAUGGUGACAGAAGAAGAACUGUCCCAUGCACUUCUGGAAGGGGAGGAGAUAACAGCGCCCCCAUCAAGAGCAAACAUAGAGCAUUGUUGCCAAAACACUACCAUUGAGUCCAGUGUGGCAGAGUCUACAGUGGAGAAUGAAAACGAACUCAUGAACUUCAGCUUGGAAGAGACAAAUAAAAUUCGUGAGCAGCUUGGUAUGAAACCAGUUCCGAGAGAUAAGUUUACUUCCUUCUCACCCAGGGAGAUAGAUGGGAACCGAAAGAAACGGAACAACAUCCUCAAUGCCAUCCUGCUUCUCCUAGAAGAGCUUGAUUCAGAGGGACUAGAGGUUGUCCAUGAAACUGUUGAGAACAAACUCCAAGCCUUGCAGAAGAAGGAACUCCAUGAUAAUCGAUAGCACAUCACGGUAGCAGUUUUGUGGACUAGUGGUACUUGCAUCUUUAGGCAAGGCUGUGCCCUCCUCAUGCUGCUGAGCUUUAUGUGGAGAUAUGCAACAGCUUACAAGAAGAAUAAUAGACAUUCCUUCUAAGCCUUGCACAGUAGGAUCCUGUUGUACAACAAGCUUUCAUUUGCAGCCACAAUUUAACAUACAGCUGCUACUCUGCACUCCACUAAGGCUCACAACAGACCCGCACGGAGCAGCAGCAAUUACAGAAAAGAGAGGAGGGAGACCAUUUCUGGGCCCUUUCCUGCUAAUGCCCGACAAGUAGAAGAAUCACUCCUAGUCUUGCUUCAGGUGUGGUUAUGCGUGGGCUGCAGCUGACUUUCUUAGUGUUAUUUUUUUUUUUUUGCAAGAGUAGGCUUGCUUUCCUGAUACCAUCUCCAGUACUAAGGAGCUUUUGAUAGUAACUUUGGCCAUGAAGUCUAAACGUCUCAAAGCUAAGAUAUUUUUUUUAAAUCACGGAACCUUUAAAUUUAGUGCUGAGCUUCCUAGUUUUGACCCACUACCUCUCCUUCACAUAGUGGGCAGACGUGAUGAAAAGAAUGUAUUCUGCCAACUAAACUUGGAGUUUGUUUGAGUUUCUUGUUUCACUCAAUAUGAAUCCUUUGUUUCAGCUUUGAAUGUCUGCCUCAGCCGCCUUGGAUCACUUGUCAUUUUAGUCCCUAUAGUAGCCUUUAAAAAAAAUAUAAGGACAUCUGAUGUGGAGAAAGCGAAUUGACGAUGCAAAGUGCUUUUGGUGUCAGAAGGGACAUUAAAAUAAUUUACCAAAAAUGUAUAGACUUGAUGCGUGGUUCAUCUCACUGUGUGUCAUUUAAGAAGCUGGGUCUAAUGCAGGGAACACAUUAUGAAUUGAUGCUGCUAAGUCAUCUGUACGCAUUGUGUUUUCUCACUUUUCCCCAAAACAAUUCUGGUUACAGGUCUUGUGGAUUUGAAAGUAAAGAAUGAUUCCUAUUAAAUGCAUUUUAAAAAUUG